CCACUAACUAGCUCGUGCGUAGUCUCGACCCGACUCGCGUCCUCACAGGUUUAUCUUACUUCAAGGCUAAUGCAAUCAAAUACAUUGAUAGAGGUCAACAUUACACAACGGGCUAGACUUGAAGCUAUUCAGUGUAUUACGUUAUUUAGUAGAAGUAUUUUGAUUGGAGGAGAACCACAAAGAGGAGAGCACUCUGGCGUUGUGAAGUGAACCAAAUAUUUCUUUGGAUUGUUUCAAAUCCGUCUGUUCAAUUAUUCCAAGGAAAUGUCUGUGUUUCGGUGAGGAGAAUUCAUGUUGAGUAUCUUUACAAUAGGCCCUCCAAGAUGAUCACAGAUUAUGUUUUAUUAAAAAGAUGAUGGAUAAUCAUUGCUUGUCUAUCUACUUAGAACAAAAAGAAAUCACCAGUUGGGUCUUUUCCGAGCGCCUCUGAUGUAACUUCUAACAGAAAAAAUACUUGUUGGCGCUGCAACUUUGUUUUUUAAUCCACUAACAGCCUGCAAAAUGCACUCGGACUGAUUGACACUAUAAUCUCUAUUAAUUGAAAGUGAACAAUAAACAAUGGGUUAUCUGUCAGCCUUUCGAGCCAUUGCAGUUCGAUUCAUCUUCACCUGCCACGGAGUCAUCUCAAUAUGGCGGCUGACCCUGGCAACGCACGAGCCCCGCUACUGGUACGUGGGUCUGGUCCUCUGUCUACUCUUUAUUGAAAUGCUUGUGACACUAGGAGCAAAAGCAGGAAAAGAAUGGAAAUGGUUCUGUCCAAGUGUCUUCAUCUACCUAAUGUGUAUAGUUCCCACCAUUUGGUUUCUUGAGCUCUACGAACUAGAGAAGAGAUUGAACAAAGGGAACUCUACAGUAGAGGAACCCAGGAACCAAACCGAAGCACUGUCUGCCAAUUUAGGAGAUAUUAUAGGAUAUGAUCUGGUCAUUGAGAUCCCUAUCAGCCUGACGUCUGACGAGUGGAUACGAACACUGGAGCAGUUGCUGCUGCUGAUACUUAUUCUGGGACGCUGGUUCCUGCCUAAGGGUAAACUGACCCAUGACCAGCUUUCCCAGCUACUGCUCGUCUACAUCGGCACUGCUGCGGACAUUGUCGAGUUCUUUGAAGCUUUCAAAGAGGAAGCGGUCAGAUUCAACAAACUUCUGUGUAUCGUUAUAUUGGGCAUUUGGUCACUGAGCUUAAUCCAGUUCUCUUUGGUACUGACCGCCUCCAGGGUCAGGAGGGACCAUACGGGGCUCGUCCCGUCAAACCACGCGGCUGGCGUUGACGGUUGCUGUGACUCGGAGCUCUACGGGAUCAUGAUCUCCAUCUUCCUGCAAGAUCUUCCCUUCCUGGUGCUUAGGAUGCUGCUUAUCUUCAAGUAUUACGUGGUCAGCUACACCAAUAUGUUCUUCACCUGCAAGAAUACCAUCGUCAUCAUCCUGCUGAUGUAUCGCCUGGUGGUGGUCCACAUCGAGAGGAAGCGGGCAGCCGAAAGCGAAGAGGUGGCCGCAUACAUGCUGCCCCGCUACUGUUCCUCCCCGGCCAUCUUCGAGAACAGCACCAGGCGUAACCCGAAAGGACGCACCAUGGACAGCAUCUCCCUCAGUACCAGCAACACGCUGAGCACCUGCAGCACAAGGGCCAGCAAUAAGUCCUCCAGGACCGUAAGCAAACCUUUUGGUUCUUGCAAUAACAUUUACGACGUUAGGGCUACGGCGUCGACCAAGAAAAAUAACAACUACAACGUCAUGAGAACGAUGGAUGAUUUACACUCGCCAGUUUGACCUGUAACUCUUCAGUAUGUUGACUAGCAAACUUGUGUAGCAAAGUGAAACUUUUUUUCCAAGGACCUGAGCACGAAGCGCAACUCGCGUUUUGUUAGCUGUUUGGCUGCAAACGUUUACUGGGCUAUCCAAUGUCUUCAUAAGUUGAUGUUGAACGCAAGUAACUUGCGAUAACCUUAUCGCUCGUGGUAUAGACAUUGGUUCGUUUGUAUGCAAUUUACCUUGAUGUACUCCCCUAGAAUACUGAGGUACUCCCCUAGAAUACUGAGGUACUCCCCUAGAAUACUGAGGUACUCCCCUAGAAUACUGAGGUACUCCCCUAGAAUACCGAAGUCAGUAAUUCUGUUGGAUUUAAUAUGAAUAAUAUUUUUAUUGUAAUAAAUAUUUUUUAAAGCCAUUUACUUCUGAAAAUACAAAGCGUAAUAAGCAUUGAAAGUGAAGUACAUUCUAUUCAAGUCCCAGACUUACAAACUUAACAUUGGUAAUGUGGACAUAGUUUGGACAUAUGAUUUAUCACAUGUUUAUCACGUCUCACGCGAGGAUGAAGCUAUUUGUCUGGUGAUAGAAUCAAUAUCUACUUUAAUUUCUAUUUAAUACAUCAUCAAAAAAAAAUAAUGCACAUUGACAUAUAAAUAGAGAACUUUGAAAAUAAUAAUCCCCCCCCCCCAGUAAUGGUCACAAUUGAGUUAAUAUAAAGACGACUUAUUUAGUUCGUUCGACUUCCGGUAGAGCAUAGGGCCGCAACAAUACUUCGCCGUCGGACUCUGUUCUUGACUAUUCCCCUCAGUUGGGUCCAUGUUCAUCCUGCCAUCUUUGCUACUCGUUUUAUUGAUCUCCAUAGUUGCUUUGGUCUCCAAGACUUUCUUCCUCUAUAGGUUCCAUUCUAAAUCCCUUGUUCUUCCCAUUGCAUGGUCAAUCCAGCCCAAUUUGUGUCUUUUGUUUUCUUGGUCUAUUUGUGUUGGCUGGGUGGUUUCCCACAGACUGUAGCUCACUGGCGGAUCCAGAACUUUGGAGUGGGGGGGCGAUUUUUUUCCAAACACUAACCCUAACGCCCAGUAAACCCUAACCCUAUGCAUAAUCGUGCGUAAAGCAUAU